AGUAACUCCGUGUCAGGGACAUGUCCGUGACUUUUUCAUGAAGGUCCCCGCACGGUGACCUUUUAUUAUUUCAUCAAGAAAUCAGUAUCGUCAUUCCAUUUUCAAUCAAUCGUUAUUAUUAAAAUCAAAUAAUAUUAUUAAAAUUAAUAUUAACAAUAAUUUAUCUAAUUAACAAAAAACAAAAAAGGAAUAAUCAAAAAAUUUAUUGAAAAAAUGCAAAAGUAUCUUUGGUGUCUUGGAUUGAUCGCAAUUCUUUUAAUUCAAAAAGAAUGUCAGGCGAGACAAAUCGGGGAAAGGAUAAAAAACUUUUUUGGUCUUUUUGGCAACAAACCACCAACCGUUAAAGAACCACCUGCACCAUGUUACUGCUCGUGUGGAUUAAGAAAUGAUGAGAGUCGCAUAGUUGGUGGUCAAACAACUCGAAUGAACGAAUUGCCAUGGAUGGUUAGGUUAUCCUAUCUAAAUAAAUUUUAUUGUGGUGGUACUUUGAUUAACGAUCGUUACGUGCUAACCGCGGCACAUUGCGUUAAGGGAUUUAUGUGGUUCAUGAUCAAGGUCACGUUCGGUGAACACGACAGGUGUAUCGAUAAAAGUCUUGAAACGAGAUACGUCGUACGAGUGUUAACCGGGGAUUUCAGUUUCCUCAACUUUGAUAAUGACAUAGCACUUCUUCAACUUAAUGACAGAGUUCCGUUCGGUGAUACGAUACGUCCGAUAUGUCUACCAACUAUAAAAGAAAACGAAUACGUUGGAUCGAAUGCAAUAGCAUCAGGUUGGGGUACACUACAAGAAGAAGGUAAACCAUCCUGUUUACUCAAAGAAGUUGAAGUUCCGGUUAUGAGCUUGGAGGAUUGUCGAAAUACCAGUUACAGUCCUCGCAUGAUCUCUGAUAACAUGUUAUGCGCGGGAUAUCCUGAUGGAAAGAAAGAUUCUUGUCAGGGUGAUAGUGGUGGACCAUUGAUAACCGAACGAGAAGAUAAAAGAUACGAAAUUAUCGGCAUCAUCUCUUGGGGAAAUGGAUGUGCACGACCAGGUUACCCUGGUGUUUAUACCAGAGUUACCAAAUAUUUAGAUUGGAUCUUAAAUAAUUCGAAAGAUGGCUGCUUUUGCGAUAACGCAAAAGUUAUUCAAUUAAAGAUCGAUUCGGAUUGUGAUUGUGGUCUAUCAUCAUUGGGUUUGUCUGAUCGUAUAAUAGGAGGAAAGAUUUCAAACCCACAUGAAUUUCCAUGGAUCGUAAUUAUAUUUAAAAAAGGAGCUAUUCAUUGCGGAGGUGCAUUGAUAAACGAUCGAUACGUGUUAACAGCUGGUCAUUGUGUUAAAUGGACAAAGGCAAAAGAUCUAACUGUAGGAUUAGGAAUUCAUGAUGUAAGUGAUGUAGAAGAUGGAUACCUUGUAGCUAUCAGUAAAACAAUUUUACAUAAAAAUUUUAUGAGUGAAGGUACACAUGACACUAAUGACAUCGCAUUGAUUAAAUUACAAGAGCCAGUUGAAUAUGAUAAUCAUGUGCAACCUAUUUGUCUUCCCAAUAAAGAUAAAGAUUACAGCGGUAAAACAGCUAAGGUAACAGGCUGGGGAACAAUUGCUGUUAACGGUGCAACUUCUAACUUACUUCGUGAAACUAAUUUAACUGUAUUGUCAUUGAAUUCUUGUAAAAAAACUUCUAUUGGAAAUUACUUAACAAAUUCUGUAAUGUGCGCUUACAGAGAUAACACUGAUGCCUGUCAGGGUGACAGUGGUGGACCAAUUUUUAUCGAAAAAACAAAUACAAAGUAUGAAAUAAUCGGAAUAGUUUCUUGGGGAUUGGGUUGUGCUAACAAGGGUGUACCUGGUAUAUAUGUGAAAAUUACGGAUUAUUUAAAUUGGAUAAAACGACAUACUGCUGAUGCAGUUUAUUGUUUAGACAAUUAAAACAUAAAUAACAAUUUUAAUAAUAUUAUUUAAUUUAAAUGUUGAAAUUACAACCGAAA